UCACGUGAUCAGUGAAGCAGCAGUGCCUGCAGGCGUCCAGUAGCGGGGCGAGGUGUGUGCCGCCCUGGGCCAGUCAGGAGGCGGCACAGUCGAGGAGGAGCAGCGUGAGGCAGCGAGAAGCCAGACUUGCCUGAGCCUCCGAAGUGAGACACUCCAUCAAGAUGCUGUGGCGCGUGGUUGUUGUGGUGUUGGCGGCGUUGGCGGCGGCACAGGGACAGUCCUCUUACGAUGACGCCCAGCCCGCGGUUGUGCCAGCGCCCUCCUCCGGCCCUUCCCCCGCUCCAUCAUUCGUGGUUCCCGCCCCGUCCUUCGUGAUUCCUGCCCCCGCCCCUGCCCCGUCCUUCGUGUUUCCUUCGGGGCCCGCCCCCGUCCCGUCCUUCGUGUUUCCUGCCCCCGCCCCCCAGCCCGCCGUGAUCGUGCAGCAACCAACCUCUGCCGGCCUGUCCUUCGUGCCGCCGCCCCAGCCCUCGCUGCUCCCCGUCACGCAACCCGCAACCCGACAUUUCGGCGUCCCUCAGGGCGUGUUGCCGCCGUUGCCCCAGUGCCCCAGCACAUAUUCCUUGGUGCACGUGGCGUACCAAGACAGCUUGUACCACUUCUCGUGGUGCUUCCAGCCCGGCCACCGCUUCACCCACCAGCAGGCGUCAGACUACUGCAACAGCCUCAACCACCUCAGCCAGCCCUACCACUUCCAGGUGCUCAGGAUUGACGACACUACCGAAGUCUCCUUCAUCCACUACUUGCUGAGUUACUACGCCCACGCCGCUGUGUGGACCAGAGACACCACCACCACCGCGCCCUACAGCAUCCGCCGCUUCAUCAACAGGUCCGGCGUGAACCAGCCUGGCCACGAUUGUCUGUCCGUAGAGGCCGCGCUGCUCGCCCUGCACAGCAUCUGGGUGCACGAGAACACAUGCUCGGACGCCAAGCUGGUGGUCUGCGAGGCGCGAUACUAGCCACCUGUGCACUGCGGAAUUGUCCACUGCUUUGUGUAACUGUCGGUUGUAAUAAAGACUGGAGCGUA